AAUAUACUUUCCUAUAAAUACAGCCCAUAUUUUCAUUCCUUUACACCUUUUAUCUCUGUGGAUCAUUUUCAAACCCACCAAGGGCCAAUUUUCUCUCUCUUUCUUUCUCUACAAAAAGUAGUAACUAUUCUUCAAAAUUUCAGACAAUCCAACUUCAUUAUCUCCAACAGGAGUUUGGCGGAAUGUUUCAUCAAGUGAUUUUGGGUGUUUGAUAAGUUUCUUUGACUAAAUUUUGCUUGGGGAUCUUUUUUUUCAUACCAGUUGCCAUGUGUCGAAUUAGCAUGUCCUUAAGCUAGACGAAGAAUUUAUUUUGUUUAAAAUAAAUGGAUUCCUUAUUUAUGUCACUCAUUCCUUACUUGAUCACUCUAGUAGUUUUGAUUUUAUUAGUGGAGCAAAUCUUGUACCUUGUAAAGAAGAGUUCGAUUCCAGGUCCACUUGUCGUUCUUCCAUUCAUUGGAAACGCUAUUGCGUUGGUUCGUGAUCCUACCCACUUUUGGGACAACCAAUCUGAUGUGGCCAAAUCCUCUGGUCUUGGCUUUUGUGCCAACUACAUCAUUGGUAAAUUCAUUGUCUUCAUCAGAGACACUGAACUCUCUCACAAGGUAUUUGCCAAUGUUAGGCCUGAUGCUUUUGCCCUAAUCGGACACCCUUUUGGGAAAAAACUCUUCGGGGAACACAAUCUCAUCUACAUGACUGGUCAGGAGCACAAGGAUGUUCGUCGUCGAAUGGCUCCCAAUUUCAGCCCUAGAGCUCUCUCCACCUACACUACAUUGCAACAAAUUAUAAUCCUCGACCACCUCAAGAAAUGGGAGAGACUUUCUUCCAACUCGGCUCCAGCGUCGAUUCCUCUUCGCUUAUUGGCUCGUGACAUGAACCUCGAAACCUCUCAAACUGUCUUUGUUGGGCCGUAUUUGGGCCUUGAGGCUCGCGAGGUUUUCAAAGUUGACUAUAAUUUUUUCAACAUUGGACUCAUGAAACUCCCUAUUGAUUUUCCCGGUACUGCAUUUCGUAAUGCGAGGCUCGCCGUGAGUCGCCUUGUACAUACUCUUAGUAAUUGCACGAAACAAAGUCGUGAGAGAAUGAUGCAAGGAGAGGAACCAACUUGCCUUGUCGAUUUUUGGAUGCAAGAGACAUUAAAGGAGGAAGAUAUGGCAGCUGAAAACGUUAGUGAUGUCGAUAUAGGAUCUUACCUCUUUGAUUUCCUCUUUGCCUCUCAAGAUGCUUCGACCUCGUCAGUUCUUUGGGCAGUGACAUUGCUUGAAUCUCACCCUGAUGUUCUCCAAAGAGUUAGGGAUGAGGUCUUGGCGAUAUGGAAUCCAGAAUCAGACUCGCUCAUUACAGGGGAAAUGUUGUCGCGAAUGAAGUACACGCACACAGUUGCGCGUGAGGUGGUUCGGUAUAGAGCUCCCGCGACUCUGGUACCACACAUUGCCGCAGUUGACUUUCCAUUGACCGAAUCUUACACAAUUCCAAAAGGCACCAUUGUGUUCCCUUCUACUUACGAGUCGUGUUUACAAGGGUUCACUGACGCAAAUCGGUUUGACCCGGACCGAUUCUCGGAGGAGAGGCAAGAGGACCGAAUUUAUAAACGAAAUUAUUUGGCUUUCGGAGCUGGGGCCCACCAAUGUGUGGGCCAAAGAUAUGCCUUAAACCAUUUGGUAUUGUUCAUCGCUAUGUUUUCUACACUUUUGGAUUUCAAGAGGCAUAGAACGGACGGUUGUGAUGAGAUCGUUUAUGUCCCUACGAUAUGUCCCAAAGAUGAUUGCAUGGUCUUUCUCAGUCGUCGAUGCCAACGUUAUCCAAAUCUUUCUUCUCUUUAGUUGGAAAAAAGGAGGGUAAAAUAGUCAUUUUGGGUUUGGUUUGUCCUUUUGUUUAUUCAAAUGUCGUUCAUAUUUAUACAGCUAGGAUUUUUUUUGGAAGAAUUGUAUUUGGCUCAUUGUUUGGUGGACAAUUUGGGGAGUGUGUGUUGAGGUGGAACAAAAUAUAUUAAUAAAAAAAAGAAGUUGUAUAUUGUUUCUUUUUUA